GACUUCUGGUGGAACAAAUACGUCUGUUAGUGGAUGUUAACUUGGAACAAAUACGAUUGGUGGAACAAAUUGGUGGAACAAAUACGAACUUCAGGUUCCACCAGAAGGCUUCACCAGCUGCUCCCCUGGUGCUUAAAGCUGCCCACUGUUCACUUUGGUGAUGGGUUAAAAGCAGAGGUCACAUUUGGUUGUGUGCAGUGGUGUGCUGGGUCACAAUGACAGGUAGUUCACUUUCACUUCCAGAGCUCAGCUAGUUCCUGUGUUUUCUUUUGGCGAAAACGAGUUGUUCGAUCAAAUGGAUAAUCCCACAGGAUCCCCUCUGAGGACGCUGCAGAACCGGCUGCAGAGCGUCAUGGGAGUAGCAAUGCCGCUGUUUCAUGCCAGAGGAGUUUUCCAAUACAGCUUUGGCCUGAUGCCUUACAGAACAUCUAUACACACCGUUGUUGGGAAACCAAUUCCUGUGUCCCAGAUCUGCAGUCCUAGCAAUGAGGACAUUGACAGACUUCACGCCGUUUACUUACAGAGCCUAAGUGAUCUGUUUGAGCAGCACAAACACGACUACGGCAUAACAGUUGACAAACACCUCACUUUUAUUUGACCCGUGUGUCUGGUCUUCAAAUGGCCUGUUUAGGAACACCUGAUGGCCAGGUCACCACUCAGUAGGUGGGUUGAAAACUUUUGUACUGAAUAGCACCAUACCAAAACUGUAACUACUUCUUAUGGGUUCAGAAAAGACUAAAUUGCUACUGUCUGAAAAUUACUAGCUGUGGGUAGGUUAUGCAAACUCUGAAAACUGUGCCCAUCACCAAUAGGAGAUAAUGUUAGCACCUAAAAAAUGCUAGUUGAUAAUAAUUGCUGCUAAAUGCUAACCUUAUUCGUAUUGCUUACCGAUAAUUGCCUAAAUUCUGUCUUUUGUGAAUGUUGGGAUACUAAAAUAAUAUGUCAGCUUGAAGUGACUGACAAUCGACCGUGCCUUUACUACCCACACAGUAGUCAGCAUUGUUACUAGCAAGCCAUAACGUACUAGCAAUGCUCAUUAAAGCUAACAAGCUAGAAAGCGUAAUAAGGAAACAUGCUAACUAUGCUUACUAACACAGAGACAAAACAUACCGUUUGUGAGAGCCUGAAAGGAUGUGUUUUACAAAUUUUGUACCACUCACUGUGACAAAGUAAAAUCUGAAGUUUCUAACCACAAGUUUUAUGUACCGACAAAAUCCUGAAAAAUGACACCAAUUAUAUUCUCUUGAAUCAAACCUAAUUGGCUUAAAUCACACUGAUAAGUCGUUUGUCUCAACACAAGUGACAUUAAGUUCCCAGUGAAUGUAAUUCAAACGUUCGAGGUACUGGACUCAAGCUUAUUUCCUGUAUUGUUUGAACUUGUCCAGAGCUUGAAGAUCUGUAUCAUCCAGUCGCCAUUAGUUGUGAUUCAAAAUGUGAACCUUAGUUAAUCUGUAAACUUCUGUCAGCCCGGAUGGCGGUUCAUGGCCUUAACAUACUUUCUUUUGCAGUUUACAAACAAAGGUUGUCUUUGUAUCAAGUGUCCCCCCUCUCUCUCUCUCUCUCUCUCUCUCUCUCUGUCUCUCUCUCUCUCUCUCUCUCUUAUAAGGGGAUUGACGUAUCUUAAAGAGAACCAAUGACUAUAAUAAGGGCUGUGUAUUUCUUAAGACAAUAAAAACCUCAAGACAAACAUUUUAAA